AUGCGGGUCCUCGCAAUUACCACUACCUUCACCGUUUUUGCGGCUGUGUUUGUGGCUAUUCGUCUGUGGACGAGGUUCAGGAUAGUCAAGAGUCCCGGAUAUGAUGAUUUACUGAUCUUUUUUGCAUUGAUAUGCUCUAUUCUUUUUUAUGCCUUCAUUCUCGUCGAGCGCCAUUAUGGUCUCGGCAUCCGCAAGAAAUAUCUCUCCGACGACACCAUCCAGAGUCAGAUGCAUUACCUCUGGCUCUCCAUCCCCUUCUACAAUCUCUCUCUCAUCCUCGCAAAGCUCUCCAUCCUAGUCCUUUUCACCCGCAUCUUCCGAUCCAGAAAAUUCCUCUUCUGCACAUACGCCACCAUGGCCUUCCUGAUCAUCGCAGGACUGUGGAUGGUCCUUAGCGGAUUCCUCUUCUGCAUCCCCGUGCAUGACUUCUGGAAUAUGAAUUAUAAAACUCAUACCGGGCAUUGUUUGCCAGAGGGCCCGGUUUGGUAUGCCAAUGCGGCGAUGCAGAUUCUUACGGAUGUGGUGAUUUUGAUUCUACCGAUGCCUUUGCUGUCAAAAUUGCAUUUGCCGCGGAGACAGAAGGUGGGGACUAUGUUGGUUUUUGGGGUUGGUGUCUUUGUGAUUGCGACGAGUUCAGCACGACUCUUUGAGCUCUCUGAAAUGGUCAAUAGUCACGACUUUACCAAAACCAACUCCCAAGCAGCAGUCUGGUCCUCCCUCGAAGCAAACGUCUCCAUAAUCUGCGCCUGCCUCGCCCCCCUGCACCCUCUACUAUCCCGCAUCUUCUCCUUCUGCUUCCGCCCACAACCCCUCCACUCCUCCCCAGCCACAAAAACCCACUCCACAAUAACCCACCUCACCUCCUCCCGCAAACACUCCAUCUACGACCAAACCAAUCCAGACGGGAGUAUAUACUACAACGAUUUCUUCUACUCCGGUCCCGGCGCAUACACGGCUAGUAUAUCCAAGACGAACACGCAUGAAGACGAGACACAUCGCGAGUGCGAGGAUGAGGAUGGGAUUCGUGUUGUUAGGGAGUUGAGAAUGGUUUCUGAUGCUCUGGUUCCUGGGGGUCCAGGGUUUGGACUGGGCUUUGAGAGUACGAAGGAUGGAGCGUUUGAGAUGGAGAUGGGGAUGGGGUUGAGGAGGGGUCUGCGACUGCUGGGGAUGGGAAUGCGGUCAGGAAUACGAGUAUUGAGUGGGAUUUGGGGGAUUGGGAGUUUCCGGAUUAUAAGGAGAGGAUGA